AGCGGGUGUUGGAAGAUGAAUGGAUGCAGAGAUAGAACCGUGAAGAAAACAACAAAAGACCCCUGGAGAACGAGGGACAGAGGGUCUCGGGGGGGGUGAUGCAGCCGGAAAAGACCAGAAGAGGGGAAAUGUGAAACAAUGCUUAUGUAAGCCUAACUAUGGACUUACUUUCUAUGUCUGACUUGAAUAAGUCACCAAAAUAACAGUGGUUGCUACUUUAAAUGUGAAAUCCAUCCGCUUUAGGCCUCGUACCUCACGGCCUUUAGCCUCGCGCCACAGGGCCUUGUGCCUCGCACCUCAGGGGUUUAGCUUUGCACCGCGUUUCUUUUAGCCUCGGUUAGUUAAACAGCAGAGAACGAUGUGGUCGGGUAAAAGACAAACAGCGGUAGAUGCUCUUGCGAAAAAGUGGAAAUCAUUUCCUCUGUUUGUGGUAAGAGAUUAGAUAAACCACCUCGAAGGGGAACAUGGUGACGUGACGGACAAAAAGUUAAUAUUUGAGGCCGAGGGCCCGUCGCCGACUUUGAAUGGCUUCUCGAUUAUCGCCAGGGCUGCGCACGCACACUUGUCGUCUCAGAAGAAGCGCUGCAGAUGUCCACAGCGCAGAACACAACGAGAGGUCCGCUAUUUAAAACACACGUAUGAUAUCGCCUUCCUCGCCUGGUGAUGAUGAGAUGGGAGCAUUUGAAAACACGUUCCUUGCCAUCGAGAGUAUAAAAAGUAGGAGUGGGGGGUGACGGAACCAGAAGUUCGUCCCACCUUGUCCCGUUGAAGGAAGGCUGAUCCAGCUGUUCUUAAUUCAUUGCCUGCCGGUUUCCCGCGGUGGUUGGAGCGCUAAUCGGCAAACCCUCCCAAGUUGUUUUUUGUUUUUUUCGAAGUCGGGCGCCAGUGGGCCGGUGUUUGGCCGGUUAGGCCGUCAUGUCGGUUCUGUCUCUGCGGCACAAGAUGCUGUCCUCUCUGCGCGCCGGCUGGCAGAUGAGGAGCGUGGUAGUGCUGUGGUGCACACCAUUCGUGCUGCUCCCGCUGCUUGUGGUGGUCCGGACUCCGGAGGCAGCGUGUGCCUAUGUGAUCAUCCUGAUGGCGGUGUACUGGUGCACCGAGGUGCUGCCCCUGUCCGUCACCGCCCUGCUGCCCACGCUGCUCUUCCCCAUGAUGGGCAUCAUGACCUCCAAAGACGUGUGCAUGCAGUACCUGAAGGACACCAACAUGCUGUGUGGGGGUCUGAUUGUGGCCGUGGCCGUGGAGCACUGGAACCUCCACAAACGCAUCGCCCUGCGCGUGCUGCUCAUCGUGGGGGUGCGGCCUGCCCUCCUGAUGCUGGGCUUCAUGGGGGUCACGGCCUUCCUGUCCAUGUGGAUCAGCAACACGGCCACCACCGCCAUGAUGGUCCCCAUCGCGCUGGCCGUGCUCGAGCAGCUCAACGGGCCCCCCUGCGUCCCGGCCGGCGGCGGUCCUGCCAAGGAGCCCCCCCUGCCCCCCAAGGAGAAGACCGGCAGCAUGCCCUCCCUCUCCACGCUCGUCAGCUCUGAUCAAGAGGAGGAGGAGGAGGAGGAGGAGAGGAAGAGGAUGUGUAAGGGCCUGCUCCUCUGUGUCUGCUACUCCGCCAGCAUCGGAGGCAUCGCCACCCUCACGGGGACCGGACCCAACCUGGUGUUCAUGGGACAGCUCAAACAACUCUUCCCUCAGAGCGGUGACGUGAUCAACUUUGCCUCCUGGUUUGCCUUCGCCUUCCCCACAAUGAUACUGAUGCUAACGCUAGCCUGGUUCUGGCUGCAGUUCGUCUUCAUUGGCUUCAACCUGCGGAAAACGUGGGGCUGCGGUGCAGCGGACACGGAGAAGAGCCGGGCAGCUUACCAGACCAUCCGCGAGGAGCACGGCCGGCUGGGGCCCAUGCGCUACGGCGAGAUGAGCGUGCUGGUGCUCUUCGUCCUGCUGGUGGCGCUGUGGUUCACGCGGGACCCGCGCUUCAUCGACGGCUGGGCCACGCACGCCUUCAACUCCAAGGCCGAGUUUGUGACCGAUGCGACUGCGGCAUUGUUUGUUGCUGUCCUGCUGUUUGUUCUGCCGUCCGAGCCUCCUCACUUCCUGUGCUUCUGGAGGAGGGCUGACCCAGGGUCCAAGACCGUCCAUACUCUGGCCCCGCCCCUGUUGACCUGGGAGGUGACCCAGAAGAAGAUGCCUUGGAACAUCGUUCUGCUCCUCGGAGGUGGCUUCGCCCUGGCUAAAGGCAGCGAGGAGUCGGGUCUGUCCCGUUGGCUAGGCGACCAGAUGAUGCCCCUUCACUCCAUCCCUCCCUGGGCCAUCGUCAUCGUCCUCUGCCUCCUCAUCGCCACCUUCACUGAGUGUGCAAGCAACGUUGCCACGGCGACGCUCUUCCUGCCCAUCCUGGCCUCCAUGUCGCAGUCCAUCGGAGUGAACCCCCUGUACAUCAUGGUGCCGUGCACGCUCAGUGCCUCCUUUGCCUUCAUGCUGCCCGUGGCCACGCCCCCAAACGCCAUCGUCUUCUCAUCCGGCUACCUCAAGGUGUCAGAUAUGGCCAAGACUGGCAUAGUGAUGAACAUCGUGGGGAUCCUCUGCAUCACGUUGGCCAUCAACAGCUGGGGUCGUCUGCUCUUUGACCUGGACACCUUCCCCGCCUGGGCCAACGCCACCAUCACGGUCUAAAGGCUUAGUUAUGUUUGUACGUCGUCGACGCAACGCGAUGACGACGCAGUCGCUUCGAUUGCAGUCGUGAACCCGUUUUUGGCUCUGCGUCGGGUUUACAUCGGUUUAACGUCAGCGGACCAAUCACAGCCCUUGUUGGUUCGUCGCCUCUACGAGGUUACAAUUUUUGGGAGGCGCACGUCGGGCCCUUGCGGUGGACGCAAGGAGGGUCCACAAGGACGUAACGGGUCCGUAAACCCCCUUGCCUUGACGUCCAACCAUAGCUCUACCUUAAUGGACAGCAGGCAUGGUGGACGUCGUGGUUCACCCUUACCCUGGGAUCCACUGGACAACAACCACUCACACGCACACACACACACACACACACACACACACACACACACACACACACACACACACACACACACACACACACACACACACACACACACAGGAACAACCACUCACAGAGUUAUUGUUGACUAAUGUAAUGAUGGAGGGACUAUGGUGGGAGGGGCUUUGGGGGGGGGGGGGGUCCCACUGUGGCCACGCCCCCUCCCAUGAGGUCUGGCUGGGUUAGGCCAAACAGAUGCAAUCACAUGCAAUAUAUAUAUAUUAACAUAUAUAUAUUAACAUUUAGUCUAGGAUCGAUUUUAUUUCCGUAAAGUUGAGACUUUGUAUAUCUGUUGAAGGAAGGAUUUUGUCAAAUCUAUUUAUAGACCUUCUCUAUACCCUUAACUAAAAUCAAUGAUAUGCUGUGCAUUGGUGAAUUUUUGUAUCAUCCUGUUUGUACAAAUAACACUAACACUGUUAAUAAAUGAAAAGCCAUGAAA